AGAACCUGAUGUUUUGUAACGUGGUGUCUGAAACGUGACUCUGGAGCAGCAGCAGGAGGUACUGACUGAGGACCGACAGACCGACAGACCGGCUGCUCUCUGAUACCGACCACUCUCCGUGUUUCUGAUACAACUAUAGCUGCUACUCUGAAAACCACAACCAUGUCUGCCUCCCGUACGAUCAUAUGUUUACUAAGAAACGACCUGCGUCUCCACGACAACGAGCUUUUCCACUGGGCUCAAAGAAAUGCAGAGCACAUUGUGCCACUGUACUGCUUCGACCCCAGACAUUAUGUGGGAACGUACAACUACAACCUACCAAAGACUGGGCCCUUCCGUCUGCGAUUCUUACUGGAGAGCAUCAGGGACCUCAGAAACACGUUGCUCAACAAGGGCAGCAACCUCGUGGUGAGACGGGGUAAGCCAGAGGAGGUGAUUGCAGACCUCAUCAAGCAACUGGGCUCUGUCAGCACCGUGGCUUUCCAUGAAGAGGUAACUUCGGAAGAGUUGGACGUCGAGAAACGAGUGAAGGAUGUCUGCGGACAGAUGAAGGUCAAAGUUCACACCUGCUGGGGGUCGACGUUGUACCACAGAGAUGAUCUUCCGUUUCACCACAUGUCCAGGCUGCCUGAUGUGUACACUCAGUUCAGGAAGGCAGUAGAGACCCAGAGCAGGGUGAGGCCUCUGUUCCCAACACCUGAGCAGCUAAAGCCUCUCCCCCAAGAGCUGGAGGAAGGAGCCAUUCCUACAGCAGAGGACCUGGAACAGACAGAGCCUGUGGCUGAUCCUCGCUCAGCGUUCCCCUGCAGUGGUGGUGAAAGUCAGGCUCUGGCCAGACUUAAACACUAUUUCUGGGACACUGAUGCAGUUGCAACUUACAAGGAAACUCGUAAUGGCUUGAUCGGCGUGGAUUAUUCCACUAAAUUUGCACCUUGGCUGGCAAUGGGCUGCAUUUCACCCAGGUAUAUUUAUCAUCAGCUCCAGCAGUAUGAGAAGGAGCGAACAGCCAAUCAGAGCACAUACUGGGUUAUUUUUGAGCUUUUGUGGAGGGAUUACUUCAAGUAUGUAGGCGUCAAGUACGGAAACAGACUGUUUCAAAUCAAAGGGCUUCAAGACAAAUCUGUUCCGUGGAAAAAGGACAUGAGGCUUUUCAAUGCUUGGAAAGAGGGCCGAACAGGAGUGCCCUUCGUGGACGCCAACAUGAGAGAGUUGACAAUGACGGGCUUUAUGUCCAACAGAGGGCGGCAGAAUGUCGCCAGCUUCCUCACAAAAGACCUGGGCCUGGACUGGAGGAUGGGAGCUGAGCUGUUUGAAUACCUUCUGAUUGACCACGAUGUCUGCAGCAACUACGGCAACUGGCUGUACAGCGCUGGUAUAGGAAAUGACCCCAGGGAGAACAGGAAGUUCAACAUGAUCAAGCAAGGCCUCGACUACGACAACAAUGGCGACUAUGUGCGGCAGUGGGUUCCUGAGCUGCAGGGGAUCAAGGGAUCUGACGUGCACACGCCCUGGACCCUCAGCACUGCCUCGCUGUCACACUCUCAUGUGUCCCUUGGCGAGACGUACCCAACCCCCAUCGUCAUGGCACCCGAAUGGAGCAGACAUGCUAACAAGAAACCGAGUGGCAAAGGGCCUUCACCAAGAGGAAAGAAGGGCCCAUCUCACACCCCCAAACAACAUCAGGACAGAGGCAUAGAUUUCUAUUUCUCCAGAAGCAAAAACCUGUGAUAACACUGCAAACAAAACCACAAACACCGAAACCCGUGGUGCACGGACGCUCAAGAGGAUGGAAGCUCCGGUGAUGCAAACUCGGACUGUUGCUGUAAAAAUCUGUGUCGCGCGCACACACUGUUGUGUUGAUUCGGGGAAGUUGUUCGAUGAGGAUUUGAGGAAAUUAAUGUUCCUACAUGUGCAUGAAUACUUGCACGUCCGAUCUACGCGUAUAUCAGUUCUCGAGAAAAAUAGCCCACAUAAAUAACCUUUUAUGGACUCGUUUCCUGUUAGACUGCAGUGAAAGCCACACUGUGGUUUUAAGCUCUGAUGCAGUGGAUCAGCUACCUGCUGAUGGUUUUGUGCAGAUUGUUUUUCUUGCAAUCUUCUUCUGUCUGUUUGGAUUUACAGUUUUUUUUAAAAAUCAUUUUCAGAGGUUGCACAUUUGUGGCAGUUUGCAAAAUAAAAAGGCCAAAUGAAGA